AUGUCUUUGUUCGACACCACACUUGGCGCGAUUUUCAUCGGUCUUAUUGCAGGAUCAAUCGUCUACGGAAUUUCGCUCCUGCAGUUGUACACCUACUGCCUCAGAUUUGGUUCUAAGGAUGGCUGGUUCUUACAGGCAUUUAUCGCCGUAUUAAUGAGCGUUGAUACAUUCCAUUUAAUUCUCAUCUGCCAUGCCCUGUACUAUUAUACGGUCUCACACUUUGGGGACUUCGAUGCUCUGGCCGUUUCAACUUGGAGCAUUGCUACUCACAUACCUGUCGGUGCUAUUGCAAGUUCUUUGGUCCAGUUCUUCUACGCCUACAGGGUCUACGCACUUGGCCGUUCGCUUGUGCUACCGAGUAUCAUCAUAUUUUUCUCUGUGGCCCAAACAGUCAUUGGAAUAGUGCUGGCACUCAAAAUAGCCUCGGUUAAAUUUUUCGCCAACGCAAGAGAGAGCAUGCCCUAUGGCGUCAGCGCAUUGUCCUGCGAGGUCGUAUGCGAUAUAAUCAUUACCCUUUCAAUGGUUUACUAUCUCCGAAAAAGCGAGACCGGAAUUCCCUCGUCAAGCAAAGUGCUGCGAAAGCUGACGCAUUAUAUGGUCAACACCGGAGCUUUAACUACUGCAAUGGCCAUCGCAACUGUUAUCGGGUGGGCCGUUACCCCUGACGAACUCAUCGACAUCACUUUCUACGUUGUUAUGGUACGGCUCUAUCCGUGCUCGUUCCUUGCCAUCUUGAAUUCCCGAAGUCAUCUCCGCAAUGUUAUGCGGCCCGGAACUGCUGAGACUGUGCAUUUGAGUCAGCUCACAAGCGUUCACCGAGAUUCCAGCCGGCCUACUACAGAUCUGUCAAGUUCAAAUUCAAGCGAGGGUGUGAAGUAUGGCGGGCCUUUUGCAACACUCAGCGUAUAG